GCCCUGCGGAACUGUUCAUCGGAUGCCAUGUCUACACGGACAAAAAUAAAGAAACCAUUCACUGCACUUCCGUUGCCCAUGACACCGGAGCGAAGUUCUGACAGCUGAUUCCUAAAUCAGUUUAUAUCCACUUCGUGCCUCCAGGGCGUCAUUUUUGAGGUUAUUUGCAGACGCACGAAGCUGCUAUCACAUCCGGCUGGAGUUGCAGACAGCGACCAGAACAGAGGAGGGGCGGCUGAUUAUGGUGUAGCACGGAGUGCUAGCUCUGAGACAGCAGGCAUUUGAGCAGCAGUGCAUUGCAGCACGGCGCACCGUGGUUCGGACAGUCAUAUCACACCAACGUAGCCAUGCUAACACUGGCCAGUAAGUUGAAGAAAGAAGACGGAGGAAAGACAGGCCGUGCCUCCGGAGCCUCAGACUCCACCCACAGGGUCUCAAUCAGAGACCGCCUCCUUACCAAAGAAGUUGCCGAACUUGAAGCCAAUCUUCCUAGCACAUGCAAAGCCAGUUUCCCAGAUGAGGAUAAGCUGCAUCAUUUUCAGCUGGCAGUUUCUCCUGAUGAGGGUUACUACCAAAGUGGAAGGUUUCAAUUUGAAAUAGAUGUCCCUGAAGCCUAUAACAUGGUGCCUCCUAAAGUGAGAUGUCUGACCAGAAUAUGGCAUCCUAAUAUCACGGAGAAUGGAGAGAUCUGUUUAAGCUUAUUGCGGGAGCACUCUAUUGACGGCACAGGCUGGGCUCCCACUAGAACAUUAAAGGAUGUGGUCUGGGGAUUGAACUCCUUGUUUACUGACCUUUUGAACUUUGAUGAUCCACUGAACAUUGAUGCAGCAGAACAUCAUCUGAGAGACAAGGCAGAAGAUGAUCCAGUCCUAGCGGAGAGGCUGAACCACUUCUUUGCACGUUUUGACGUGGAACGAUCAGAAACAGCAGCAGUUUCAUCAUCCAACUGCAACGGUUACAGCUUCAUCCUACCAUGUCUGAAGUCAGCCACAAUUGUGCCGAUACCUAAACAAACCAGCAUCGGCAGCCUAAAUGACUUCAGACCAGUCACCCUGACACCAGUUAUCAUGAAGUGUUUUGAGAAACUGGUGAGAUGCCACAUCAGGUCCUGCCUCCCAGCUACCCUCGACCCAUUUCAGUUCGCAUACAGCGCGAACAGAUCAACAGAAAAUGCCAUAGCAACAGCGCUCCAUGCCACCAUCUCCCACCUGGAACUGCAGGGGGGAUAUGCCAGGCUGCUCUUUGUUGAUUUUAGCUCUGUUUUCAACACUAUACUCCCAGACAGACUGACUGUUAAGCUAAUGGACGUUGGUCUUCCAUACACCAUCUGCAGUUGGCUAAGAAACUUCCUCUCAGACUGUGUACAGAGUUAGAGUUGGCUCACAUCUCUCCACAGCUCUCAGCAUUAACGCCGGAUCUCUGCAAGGCUGUGUGCUGAGCCCACUCCUCUACACCCUGUGCACUUAUGACUGUGUCAGCAGCCACUCAGACAACGUCACAAUCAAGUUCGGUGAUGACACCACCGUGAUCGGAUUGAUCUCUGAUGGCGAUGAAACGGCAUACAGGGAAGAGGUACAAAGGCUAGUGGAGUGGUACUCAGAACAACUUGGUCAUUAACACCUCCAAGACCAAAGAAUUCAUUGUAGACUUCAGAAGAAGGAAGUCCAACCUGCAGUCAAUCUGCAUUAAUGGACAGUGUGUGCAGAGGGUGUCCAGCUUCAAGUUCCUGGGGGUGUAUAUGGAUGCAGAUCUCCAAUGGGGUUCCGACACCUCAACGGUGGUGAAGAAGGCUCAGCAGCAUCUCUAUUUCCUGAGGAUCCUUACGAGGCUGAAUCUGGAAAAGAAACUGCUGACCGUCUUCUACCGCUGCUCCGUGGAGAGCGUUCUGACGUACUGCAUCUCUGUGUUUUGUGUGCUGUACCACAGCACAUGAAAAGGCCAUACAGAGGGUCAUCAACACGGCCUAAAAGAUCAUUGGACACUCACUCCCCUCCCUGGAGGACCUUUACAGCACUUGUUGUCUCAGAAGGGCCUACACUAUCAUCAAGGACAGUACACACCCAGGACUCCGGAUGUUUGACCUGCUGCCCUCGGGCAAAUGUUACAGGCAACUAAAAACAAAAACAAACCAUUUGAGAGACAGUUUUUAUAACAGGGCCAUAUCCAUGUUAAACAAAAACAAAAUAGUUCACCUGUAGGCAGAUCUAAUUUCCGUUCAAGUUUAAUAACUUAGGUUGCAAAAGCACCAUGUGCAAUAACUGAUGCUGCAGUUGUACACCUGUGUAUAGGAUAUCUUAUAGUUAAAUUAUGCUUGUGUUCUUUUAAAUUGUUUAUUGCUCUUUUAAAUUCAUUAAUGUUUACAUAUUCUUUUCUUUUAAUUGCA